GAGAGAAGCCGGCGGGGUGUCUCCUUUAAGCCGGAGCUGUGGCAGACCCCCCACACACACACACUUGGGUCCCGCUGCCUGGACACAUCAGGGCCCCUUGUUCUGCAUGCGGGGCAGUUCAAGCCAUUUAUCCCAUCGGGUGCCCCCCUGCCCCCCCCCCGCUUGAUCCUCCCUCCAUUGCCUCUUGGUAGAGCGUCGCCAGACUCUUCCUAUCAGCCCGGCUUGUGGAGGGAGGGGAAAGAGAGGAGGAGGAAGAGGACUGGGGAGAUGCGUGGCUUUUUAAUUGAUUUCCCCCCCUCCAUUAUUAUGAUGAUCAUGGGGAGGGGUUGGUGUGGAUUGCUGAAGGGACAAAAUGCUGAGCCACCCCCCACUCGGUAGGGAGUCCUGCCUGCUCGCCAGCGGUGUGGGGGCCACAACACCCCCGCGCCGGUGUGUGUUCGCAGCCGGGCGGAGCGCUUCAGCCAGAGAAGGGGGCGACGGGCGAGGAGGCGGCCGAAGCAUGUUGGCCCUCCAUCAACUCCCUCCGGAAGAGGAGCGCUACCGGCAGGUCCACGGCAAGCAGCGGGUCCCUAUAGCAGAGGAAGAUAAAAUGGAGAAUGGUUGUUCUCAGAAGCUGGCAUCUACCAAAUACAUUCGACUCUCGUUGCUAAUAUUGAUUCCAUGCAUUUGUGCUCUUAUUCUUUUGUUGGUGAUCCUCCUUACAUUUGUAGGUGUGUUGGGAAAAACAUGCUUUUAUUCAAAUGGAAGUGACUUAUUUGGCACCAAUGGAGACACUGAAAUACCUAACAUUCCUUCUCCAAACAUGAGUGGAAGUGGUUCAAAUAUAGUUACUUCAAUGGGCAACAAAAUGCAGCCACCAUCUUGGACAAUGAAUCCAUUAUUUCACAUUGACCAAAUACAUACAAAUUUUACUACACCAGCACCAAAUACCAAUCCUAUUGAUGAAAGGUUCUUCACCAAAAGCCCUGCAGAUGGAACCUGGUCAUCAGCCAAAAUGGAGGAAACUCAAUUGUCUAUAAAUAUAACCAUCAAAGUCAUAGGCAAGACAUCUUCUCUGCCUGUGCUAAAGCCUACAAAUCCAUCUGCUGCACAAAGAACAGAUAUGAAAACAAGCUCCUGCAUAAAUAUCACCUAUGGCCAGUGCCAAAUGCUGCCAUAUAACCGCACCACUUUAACACCAGUCCUUUCCAUUGUCAAAAGCAUUGAAAUGGAAAAAUUUCUCAAGUUCUUCAGUUAUCUCAGCCGCCUCAGCUGCUAUCAACACAUCAUGCUGUUCGGAUGCAGCCUUGCUCUUCCUGAGUGCAUCAAUGAUGGUGAUGACAGUCACGGACUCCUGCCUUGUAGAUCAUUUUGUGAAGCAGCAAAGGAAGGAUGUGAACCCAUUCUUGCAAUGGUGAAUUCUUCUUGGCCAGAGUUCCUUGCAUGUUCCCAGUUCCAAAACAAAAGUGAAAAUGUCAACACCACAAGGAUCUGUUUCACACCACAACAAGAAAAAGGCAAGCGAUUGCUUUGUGAUGGGGACGACACCUUCUUGUGCAGAAGUGGGAUUUGCAUCCCGAGGAUACUUCAAUGCAAUGGCUACAAUGACUGUGAUGACUGGAGUGAUGAGACACAUUGCAACUGUAGUGAAGGAAUUUUCCGCUGUGGCACAGGAAAAUGUCUCAAUUAUACAUUUGUUUGUGAUGGGUAUGAUGACUGUGGAGACCUAAGUGAUGAACAGAAUUGUGAUUGUGAUCCAGUAAUUCAGCACCGAUGUGGAGAUGGAAGAUGCAUAAGAAUGGAUUGGGUGUGCGAUGGUGACCAUGACUGUGCAGACAAAUCAGAUGAGGUCAAUUGUUCAUGUCACAGUCAGGGGCUGACAGAAUGCAGAAAUGGCCAAUGUGUUCCUGGUGCUUUCCGUUGUGAUGGAGACAAUGACUGUAAGGAUGGAAGUGACGAAGAGAACUGCAGUGAAAGUCAGUGUGAACCAAUUACACUGGAGCUGUGUAUGAAUUUACCUUAUAAUUAUACUACUUACCCCAAUUACUUGGGUCAUCAGACACAGAAGGAGGCCUCCAUCAGCUGGGAAUCUUCUCUAUUCCCAGCCUUGGUUCAGACUAAUUGUUACAAAUACCUUAUGUUUUUUGCCUGCACCAUCCUGGUGCCAAAAUGUGAUCUUCAAACAAAUCAACGUAUCCCUCCAUGCAGGACACUUUGUGAACAGUCCAAAGAACGAUGUGAGGCUGUACUUGGAAUUGUAGGCUUACAAUGGCCAGAAGACACAGAUUGCUCUCAUUUUCCAGAAGAGAAUUCAAACAAUCAAACCUGUCUAACGCCUGAUGAUGAUGUAGAAGAGUGCUCACCCAGCCACUACAAAUGUCGUUCAGGGAGGUGUGUCUUGGCCUCCAGGAGAUGUGAUGGACAGGCAGACUGUGAAGAUGACAGUGAUGAAGAGAACUGUGGAUGCAAAGAAAGAGGCCUUUGGGAAUGUCCGUCCAGCACACUGUGUAUCAAACAUACAAUGCUAUGUGAUGGGUUUUCAGACUGCCCUGACGAUUCAGACGAAUCCAAUUGCUCCCUUUGCAAAAAGGAUGAGAUUUCAUGUGCCAACCAUGACUGUGUACCUCGUAAAUGGUGGUGUGAUGGGCAGAUUGACUGUGCUGACAAAUCAGAUGAAUGGAACUGUGUAUCCCUACCUAAAAACAGGAGCUCCUUGAUGUUCCUGACUGUUCAUAGGUCAGCUACUAAUUACCAUGUAUGUGCUGAUGGAUGGGAAGAAACGUUAAGCCAUUUGGCGUGCAAACAAAUGGGUUUAGGAGGCCCACCUGUGACCCAAACUAUUCCUGAGUAUGAGGAGCCACAUCAAGAGAAAUGGUUGAAUCUACCCUCAGACUGGGAGAGCAAAAACAUGUCCACAUUACAUGCACAUUUAGUGACUGGGUUGCCAUGCAGAAGCAGAAGUAUGGUUUCUCUUCUGUGUACCAAGGAAGAUUGUGGACGUCGGCCUGCUGCUCGAAUGAACAAGAGGGUUCUUGGUGGCAGGACUAGUCGUCCAGGACGGUGGCCAUGGCAGUGUUCUCUGCAAAGUGAGCCAAGUGGGCAUAUAUGUGGUUGUGUUCUGAUUGCAAAGAAAUGGGUCCUGACAGUGGCACACUGCUUUGAGGGAAGAGAAAAUCCUGCAGUUUGGAAAGUAGUGUUUGGGAUCAACAAUCUGGAUCACCCUUCAGUCUUUAUGCAGACCCGCACGGUAAAGACAGUUAUUCUGCACCCUCGCUAUAACCGUGCUGUAGUGGACUAUGAUAUAAGCAUUGUGGAACUCAAUGAAGACAUCAACGAGACAAGCUAUGUAAGGCCAGUUUGUCUGCCCAGCAGGGAACAGCUACUUAAGCCAGAUACCUAUUGCUACAUCACCGGUUGGGGACACAUGGGCAACAAAAUGCCUUUCAAACUUCAGGAAGGAGAAGUUCGUAUAAUUUCCUUAGAACAGUGCCGGACAUACUUUGACAUGAAGACCAUCACAGCCAGGAUGUUAUGUGCUGGCUAUGAGUCUGGCACUGUGGACUCUUGCAUGGGUGACAGUGGAGGUCCUCUUGUGUGUGAACACCCUGUGGGACGUUGGACAUUGUUUGGCUUGACUUCUUGGGGCUCGGUCUGUUUUUCCAAAGUUUUGGGACCUGGAGUUUAUAGUAAUGUGUCUCACUUUAUUGAAUGGAUUGAAAGACAGAUCUACAUCCACACGCUUCUGCUCCACUGAUUCUUCAGAACUGUGACUGACAAAAGGCAAAAUCUAAAAGCACUGGAAGCAUGAAGACAUUGAAAUGAAGAGAUCUGGUGAAUAGUACAUUGUGAAUUCCAGAGGAUAUAUAGUAGAACAGUAUAAAAUAAUUUGUAAAUACUUUGAAUUGGGUAAUGGCCAAAUAUUCUGUAGGCAUUUCUAACUUUUUCUUUAGCACUGUUGUGUUAUUUUUCACAUACAUUGAGAACCAAGUGCAUAAAGGAAGAAUAAACUGGUUUCUCAUGUAAUACGAUAUCUGCCAGA